AUGAAGUCCGCAUCGAAACUGUUGCGUAAGCUCAUACACCCUUCAGAAGGUGGCAACAACGGAAAACGCAGCGACGGCGAGAAUGACAAGCCCGACGAUGUUGCAAACGCUAGCGAAGGCGUUGAAGACCCUCCGCCUGCCUACAACUUUCGUGACUUCCAACCUGAGUCUUCGUCAUCCUCGAAGCACCAAGGCUUGGUUGCCUCGACCCCCGAGGAUCCUUAUGCGUUUUUGUCAUUCUUUGACACCAUCUUUCUUAUCGAUGACUCAAGCUCGAUGAAAGGUGCUUCGUGGCAUGAGGUGCGGCUCGCCCUCAAAGCAAUCGUCCCGAAAUGCGUUGCUCAUGACGCCGACGGCAUCGAUCUCUACUUUCUGAAUUACCAAACAAAAGACGAAGGAAACGCCGACCAAGGAAAGGCCUCUGGAGGCUUCCGCAACAUCAAGAUGAGCGAAAAUGUUGGGAAGACUUUUAGCACAGUUGGUCCCACAGGCGCCACAUUUACCGGCCAACGCCUGCAUCACAUCCUCAAGCCUUACCUCGAGUUGCUAGAACAGAACAAAGACGAUAUAGACACCGUCAAAGCUCUGAACAUCAUCGUCAUCACUGACGGGGCCGCUAACGAUGAUGUAGAGGCCCCUAUUAUCACUGCGGCCAAGACGCUUGACAAGCUCGGUGCCCCUAUGCACCAGCUUGGUAUACAAUUCUUCCAGGUCGGCAAUGAUUGCGGAGCCAGAGAAGCCCUCCGUGAGCUGGAUGAUAGUCUUGGUCAAGACCUUCGCGACAUUGUUGACACCGUUACAUGGAACGAAGGACAGCCUGGCAAGCUUACUGCAGACCACAUUCUCAAAGUCCUUCUUGGAGCAGUGGUGAAGCGGCUUGACCGUAAACCAGCAAGAGGUCGGGGCAGUAAAUGA